UGGAGAUAUCCCUUGUGUUGGUGAUUCUGCUCAAUGAAGUCAUCGUAUUCAAUGCUGCAUCGGCUUUCCUAUCAACUCACGGCGGAUCUGCAUUCAGGGCGAGACCGUCAAGCGUCUGGCGGCUGCAGAAGAGACCACCAUCAUCCAAUGCACGUGGCCGCCUGCCAGGACGGGAGUCGGCGCCUCUAUCGGCUGCCUUUAUGUCCCCCGCGACGCUGCCGAGGGCUGUGGACGGUGGUGCAGCUGAUGUGGAUGUGAGUGACAUCAGUCGUUCGAGGGUGUCACGCGGCACACUGCAGGAGAUCGGGUCGCUCAUCAAGUCGUUCGGGAGGGUGGGCGCACUCGACCGGUGCUGGCAGUACUGGAAUGAGCUGCGUCAGACCGGCACCCCACCUCCAGCGCACAUUCUUACCAUCAUGGUGUCGGCACUCGCCAACAACGGACAGGUGGGUGCUGCCAUGGACUUAUUGAGGAGCCUGGAGGGAGAUGCCAACCCUGCAGUGCGGGCGAGCGUCAACGAGGUGCACUACUCGCGCCUUCUCACGGCUCUGAUUCGCGGGGACCGCUUCGACGAGGCCCUUGCUCUGUUGUCUGAGUGGCGGCAGCGGCAGACCGGCCAUGGUGAGGGCCCACAGCAGGGAGCCACGCGUGUGCUGUUCCACACCAUCCUGGACGCACUGGCGCGUAUGGAGUCCUACGAGCAGGCCGAGUGGGUGGUGGGCCACAUGGGCAGGGAGGGAGUGCCGCCCUCACACCUUUCGUACACCAUCCUGCUGCGGGCCUGUGAGGGCAGGGGCGACGGCGGCAAGGCCCUCCGGCUGCUGCAGGACAUGUAUGACCGCCACAUCGACCCUGACAGUGAGGUGUACGAGGCUGUCGUGUCGGCGCUGGCCGGCAGCCCUGUGGACCUGACCCAAGACCUCACCGAGACCGCCAUGGGCAUCGUGGCCGACAUGGAGGAGCGGCACGUGCCCGUCACGGCGGCUAUCCUCAUCCCUCUCCUCAAGGUCUUCGCCAGAUGCAGAAAACUACUCAGGUGAACCAACGACUCAACGAAGAGGGAGACACGCCAAGGACAAACAAACGUGUCGUGGGUAACUCGUCGUGUGUGAUUGGAUUGUGUCUGUCAGGGGUGUGGAGGUGUGUGAGGACCUCGCUGAUGCGUACGGCAUGGCCCCCUCAACCACCCUCUACCAGCACGCCAUCCGCGCGGCAUUCGAUCAAGGCAGCACCGACACACCUGACCUCCUCCUGAAGCGCAUGCACGCCAGAGGGGUGCUCUUGUCACAGGCCGUCUACGACACCCUCGUCGACGGCUAUGCACGCAACAAGCGGUUCGAGGAGGGCAUCAGCACCAUCCGUGAGGCCUUCGGACUGCCGCAAGGAGGAACAGGCAGCGCGGCCCUUGGGGGCCAUGAGGGCGUGAGCGACAAAUCACUGCUGCAGUUCAUCGCCCAGAUGAUCGUCGAGCGAGGCGACGGUGCGGUGGACGGGCUCCUGCACGAACUGCGGCACUAUGCUGGUGUGGUGGUGGAUGGCGGCGCACUGGACCGCUGUGUCCAGAGGGCGCGGGAGGCCGCCACUGCCAAAGCGGCCGAGGAUGAGCUAACACCACUGAGUACCCUUGUGUCAGCCAACGGCCACGGUGGGCAGACAGCGGCAGGAGGGAGUGGGAGGGGUCCAUUUAGUCGGUCAUUGGGUGCCGACGCUGCGUCUCGAGCACGGCAGCUGGUGACAGCUCUGCGGUCCGAGCCGUCAGUGCAGGGUGCGGGCGGUGCGCAGAAGAUCCGUGUGGGCGUGCUGGGUGCGUCGGGGUACACGGGGGCCGAGUUGGUGCGGCUGCUGCUCAACCACCCAAUUGUGGACAUCCAGCUCCUCACGGCCUCUCAGCGGUCGGCAGGGCAGACACUGGGCGCCGUGUACCCCCAAUUCGACUAUGUCAGCCAGGCAGCUGACUUGCCGCGGCUGAUGGCUUUGGAGGAAGCUUCGGAGCUCGGUGAGGGCGGGGUGGAUGUGUCGAGUCUUGAUGCAGUCUUCUGCGCCCUGCCGCAUGCCAAGACACAGGAGUUCGUCAAGGUUUUGCCGGCCAGCGUCAAGGUGAUCGACCUGUCGGCUGACUUCCGCCUCAUGGACACCGACACUUACGAGCAGUGGUAUGGCAAGCCACACGCAGCCCCAGACCUGCAGGCGACGGCUGUCUACGGGCUGCCAGAGCUGCAUCGGACAAAGGUGGAGGGCGCCCGCAUUUGUGCGAACCCUGGUUGCUACCCCACGCCCGCCCAGCUGGCGCUGUGUCCGCUGCUGUCGCAUGAGUCUGGUCCCCUGAUCGACGCCGACAGCAUCAUCAUCGAUGCCAAGAGUGGCGUCACGGGCGCCGGCCGGGCGCCCAAACAAAACACACUCUUCUGCGAAGGUACCGUACACUGAUCGUGAGCAUGCUCAAGUUACCAUCCACCGAUCCAUCCGUGUGCUGUGCACGACUCUGUGUGUGUGUGUGUGUGUGUGCGUGUUGGCUGGCGCAUGCAGUUGCCGAUGGGAUGCAUGCGUACGGUGUGGCGGCCCACCGGCACGCGCCCGAGAUCGAGCAGGGCCUGUCGGAGGCCGCCGGCCGCCCGGUGGUCGUCAACUUCACGCCCCACCUCGUGCCGCUCAGCAGGGGCAUAUUCGAGACCAUGUACGUCAAGAUGCGGGACGGCGUGACGGCAGAGACUCUCAAACAGACCCUGGCGGACAAGUAUGCACCGGAGCCGUUUGUGCACGUGCUGGAGGGCGCCAAGAGUGUGCCCGAGACGCGUCACGUGAGGGGCAGCAAUGUGGUGGCAAUGAACGUGUUUGCGGAUCGGAUAAGUGGUCGUGCCAUCAUAACGGCGGUGAUGGACAACUUGUGCAAGGGUGCGAGCGGCCAGGCGGUCCAGAACUUCAACAUCAUGUUCGGCCUGCCCGAGACCACCGCACUCAGCGGACAGCUGCCACUCUUCCCAUGAGAGAAUGAUUGCACUUCUGUGUGAGGGCUGUGAUCGAUGGACAGGCCUUGCCCGAAUGCAUAUUUGCAUGGGCAAUCGAUCGUAUGGAUGGAUGGAUGGUGGGCGGUGGGCAGGCGACGAUUCCGGAGGGCGUGUCUUCUUUCCUCCGUGCGUGUCGGUGCGAUGGAUGUUUGGUGGCGUCAGUGAGUCAAGUGACUCAGGCGGGCUGCGGUUUACGCAGGGAUGCAUCGACUGGACGAAUGUGAUUGAUCUGUGGAUCAUCCAUCAGUCGGUCGACUGACACGCAGCAAACAAAAGAUGAGACGAGAGUGAGAGUGGUAUUGACAAGUAAGUGUCCCUCCCCUAAACACACACGAG